GACUGUAUAAGCCACUCCUCAUUCAACGAAGUACAGCGUCCUAUUACCCUACAAAUACUCUUGGCAACCACACACACUCGCACUCUCGCACGCUCGCACUCUCUCUCGGUAAUUUCGACCAUCUGUGGAAGCUCGCAAUUUUUUCUCUCCCUCUUUCGAGAACAAUGAGCGAUCUGAAGUCGAAAUUUCUGGAGGUCUACUCAAUCCUGAAAUCGGAGCUACUCAAUGACCCUGCUUUCGAGUUCACCGACGAUUCUCGUCAAUGGGUCGAACGGAUGCUGGACUACAAUGUACCUGGAGGAAAGCUGAACCGAGGGCUUUCUGUUAUUGACAGCUACAAGUUGCUGAAAGAAGGAAAAGAAUUGACCGACGAUGAAGUUUUUCUGGCUUGUGCGCUUGGUUGGUGCAUCGAAUGGCUUCAAGCAUUUUUUCUUGUUCUCGAUGAUAUCAUGGAUAACUCUCAUACAAGGCGUGGUCAACUCUGUUGGUACAGAUUACCGAAGGUUGGUAUGAUUGCUGCAAAUGAUGGGAUAUUACUUCGCAACCAUAUCCCAAGAAUACUCAAAAAGCAUUUCCGAGAAAAACCUUAUUAUGUGGAUCUGCUCGAUUUAUUUAAUGAGGUAGAAUUCCAGACGACCUCUGGACAGAUGAUAGAUCUGAUCACCACACUGGUAGGAGAAAAAGAUCUAUCAAAGUACUCAUUGCCUCUUCACCGUCGGAUUGUUCAGUACAAAACUGCUUACUACUCAUUUUACCUUCCAGUGGCCUGUGCCCUUCUUAUGGCGGGUGAGAAUCUGAACAAUCAUGUUGAUGUGGGGAACAUACUUGUUGAAAUGGGAAUUUAUUUUCAAGUGCAGGAUGAUUAUCUGGAUUGUUUUGGUGAUCCUGAGGUGAUUGGUAAGAUUGGAACUGAUAUCAAAGAUUUUAAGUGCUCCUGGUUGGUUGUGAAAGCACUGGAACUUGUGAACGAGGAACAAAAGAAGUUAUUAUAUGAGAACUAUGGUAAACAGGAUCCAGCUUGUGUAGCAAAAGUGAAGGAGCUUUAUGAAACUCUCAAUCUUCAGGAUGUAUUUGCAGAUUAUGAGAGCAAGAGUUAUGAAAAGCUAAUCAAAUUCAUUGAAGCUCAUUCAAGUACAGCAGUACAAGCAGUGUUGAAAUCUUUCUUGGCAAAGAUAUAUCAGAGGCAGAAGUAAGAGAGAGAGAUUCAAAGUCUAAACCUGAAAAUAUUCAUUCCCGAAAUGUUGGGAUGUUGUGUUGUAUCUUAUGGACAUCAGCUUUCUUGCUUUGGCUUCUGAGUCUCCCUUUACUUGCUUGCUGUAUUGUAGAUCAGGAAGCUGUAAUACUACUCAAAUAAACUAGCUGCAUUCCUGUGCAAUGACCGAGAAUGCAGCAAAUUGUCGCUUCCAAUGUUUAUUUUGCUUCUGUUUUUCGAGGAAAAAUAAAAUGAAUUUUGUGUCUUUACCCAAUUUUCUAUGUAUGCAUAAAAUCUCUAGGCAUCCAC